CUGGUCUGAUGCAGUCAUAUCCAUGCUGAUAGCCUUAAAAGGCACAAAUAGUCGAUAGACGUGUGGCAAGGUGGGGAAGUAGUAUUCCCAGCCUUUACCAUUUGGGCUCGUGCUGAUGAAACUAGUUUGUCAUCCUUGUAAGAGGCUAUAUCGAACUGCUUGAAGAUAAUCAAAAGGAUGGGCUGUGUCGUUAUCUCAGAAUCAUCGUCCGGCGUCGAGCGCGCAGCCACAGCGCGGAGUAACGUCCCCAGAUCAUCGGGGCUCUUUCGUAUCUUUCAGCUUAGGUUGACUUGAGAACCACUGGAAUCGUGCCCAAUCCUCUUGAGAAUGUCUAAUCCGCCUGAGGUUCCUACGUCAGCCUCCACUGGGAGUAACUUUGGCUCUCGCUGCGAGUUCAAGACUUAUCACACGGUUCCCAACAAAGAAGGACGACUGAGGGUCAAACCAAUCGUCAGCCCGUUUGAGAAUGAAGCUAAAGGACACGCUGACAGCACCUAUGCGCUCGUGAUCAACCGCGAGUUCACAGUCGAGGACCAAUCCGCGCCAAAAUCCGUUACUCUGAAGAUCAACUCUCCACACUUACUCAAAGUAUUCCGGGAUGUCGUUAGAUCGUAUCCUUCGAUUCCGUCAGACUUCAAGUCGCCCUUUGAGAUCAAGAACCCGUUCCAGAUGCUAGUUCACUACUGGGAUGAGCUAGAGGAAUAUCGGAAAGGGACAACCGACAAUGAGGCUCGCAUGCACUUGAACUUGUUGUUUCAGUUUAUGGAUAACGAGAUAGGUCCAGAUCGGACAAAGAUCAUGAGCAUGAUCCAGAAAGGGCAGAUAACCUUCCUUUCAGCCUGGGUCGUUUUUCGUCCCAGGGAUAUCCUCUACACAACCGUCAUGGGACACGGUUGGCUGAUGCGCUGCGUCAAAACCGUGUACGAAGAGAAUACAAAGAUCGGGCCGUAUUUCGAAGUGUAUUGUAGAUAUACUGACUAUGACGGGAAAGAGGUCGGGGAUGCGGGACAUAAAGUCGUGCUCGUACAAAAGCGAGACUUCGGCGCAGACAAUCCUGCUAAUAUCAUGGCUCUCGAAAUAUUCCCCCGCAAGUAUAUUGAGGACGACAGUAUUGAGGAAAGAUAUGAAAAGAGGGGGGAGAAGUUCCUAGAUCUCCGCGGCUGUUCCACGCAGAGCUAUGAAGGUCUGGCGCAGUACUUGAAGGAUCCGCCGUGGUCAUGGUGGGACUAUGAUAUGGCUUCCGCAAGUCCUGUUUGGCUUCCCUAUACUGAAACAGGAAGGGUCGUUCUCGACAAAGCAACAUUUAAAGAAGACCAUCCCAACAAGACCCCCGCGAUCUCCAAGGCCAACCCCGAGCUAGCAUUUUGCCCACCCUUCGUGAUCGGUUACUCGCUCGCUAAGAAAGAGUGGUGUCGCUUCUUGGUGCCGAAUCUAACGCCAGUGAAAUGGAAGGAAGACGCAUGGGACAAGCUAAUCCUCGAGGAGGAGCAGAAGCUGGUCCUCCAAGCACUAGUCACAUCACACUCCUACCCGGAGAAUGCACGAGACCAGCCUGAGCAGAAAGGUAAAGGUUUGGUGAUAUUGCUUCACGGGUCACCUGGCUCGGGAAAGACGCUGAGCGCAGAGUCUUCAGCCGAAAUGACGCAUAAAGCGUUGAUCUCCGCAUCCAUGGCUAGCCUCGACACCGAGCGAAUGUCAUUCAUCUUCGAGCGUAAUCUUCGGAGACUUCUGCAAUACGCAACGCUAUGGAAAGCCAUCGUGUUGCUUGACGAAGCAGACGUGUUCCUCGAGAUGCGAGAAGAGAAAGCCGGCAAUGCCGAUCGCAACGCCUUGGUAGCCAUCUUCCUCAAAGAACUCGAAUAUUUCUCCGGCAUCAUCUUCCUGACAACGAACCGCGUGGAGACAUUCGACUGGGCGAUGAAGUCGCGCAUCCAUCUUGCGCUUGGCUUUAGUCCCCCUGGUACUUCCAUUCGCCAACAGAUGUGGACGCAGGCUUUACGCACCGUCCCUGCCGACGAGCUGGGCAUAGACGAUAUAGCUUAUGCGGCGCAGGUUCUUGCGGAGCGCAACCUUAAUGGCCGUGAGAUAUACAACACUUUGAACACGGCUAGGACGAUCGCCACGUUUGAGCAAAAGAAGCUGUUGUUGGAGCACCUCCAGAAAAUCCUCAAAGUGAGAGACUCGUUCGACAAGAAAUUGGCGCAAGAGAGGGUCAAACUGAAGAAGUCGUCCUCUAAACCUGCACCAGCUGGUCAUCAAUUGAUGAGAAGAGGCUCUAUCUUAACAGAGGAACCAGAAGAGUAUCAGUCUGACUAGACGCGAGAA